GAGAGUAUAAAGAAGAGGGUCUCAGUUCCUCCAUAGGCCCCUGGGGCUUCCCUGAGCUACUGAGCAGGACCUGGAAUACAGAACCUCAAGGAUGAUGUCCUAUGGAGAGAGGUUGGGGGGCCCAGCAGUCUCUCCGCUGCCCAUCCGCGGGGGUCAUGUGAUGCCAGGCACUGCCUUCGCCUAUGUGCCCAGCCCUCGGGUCCUCCACAGGAUCCCCGGCACCUCAGCCUAUGCCUUCCCCAGCCUGGGUCCCGUGGCCCUGGCCGAGCACGGCUGCCCCUACGGGGAUGUCCUGGAGCUUCAUGACCCGCUGCCAGCCAAGCUGGCCCUGGAGGAGGAGCUGAAGCCAGAGCCGGGGUUGGCCCAGAAGCUUCGCCAGGCUCUUGCUGCAGUGCUCAGGGUGCCUCUGAUGCUCGUUUUCCUCUACCUAUUCGUCUGCUCCCUGGAUGUGCUCAGCUCGGCCUUCCAGCUGGCUGGAGGGAAGGUGGCUGGCGACAUCUUCAAGGACAACGCCAUCCUGUCCAACCCGGUGGCGGGGCUGCUGGUGGGGAUCCUGGUGACGGUGCUGGUUCAGAGCUCCAGCACCUCUACAUCCAUCAUCGUCAGCAUGGUCUCCUCUGGCUUGCUGGAGGUGAGCUCGGCCAUCCCCAUCAUCAUGGGCUCCAACAUAGGCACUUCGGUCACCAACACCAUCGUGGCCCUCAUGCAGGCUGGGGACAGGACUGACUUCCGGCGGGCCUUCGCGGGGGCCACAGUGCACGACUGCUUUAACUGGCUCUCAGUCCUCGUCCUGCUGCCCCUGGAGGCUGCCACUGGCUUCCUGCACCAUAUUACUCGGUUGGUGGUCGCCUCCUUCAAGAUCAGCGGUGGCCGCGACGCCCCAGACCUGCUGAAAAUCAUCACCGAGCCCUUCACCAAGCUCAUCAUUCAGCUGGACAAGUCCGUGAUCACUAGCAUUGCCACGGGUGAUGAGUCCUUGAGGAACCACAGUCUCAUCCGGAUCUGGUGCCAGUCCGACUCUAGGGAGGUACCCAACCCCGUGGCCAGGGUGGAGGGCAACACCAGCCAGACCCUCAGCAAUGCCACCAUGGAGAAGUGCAACCACCUCUUCGUGAACACUGGGCUACCUGACCUGGCCGUGGGGCUGAUACUGUUGGCCGGUUCGCUGGUGCUGCUGUGCACCUGCCUCAUUCUCCUCGUCAAGAUGCUCAACUCGCUGCUCCAGGGCCAGGUGGCCAAUGUCGUGCAGAAGGUCAUCAAUACAGACUUUCCCGCACCCUUCACCUGGGCCACCGGCUACUUCGCCAUGCUGGUGGGCGCUGGCAUGACCUUCGUGGUGCAGAGCAGCUCUGUAUUCACCUCAGCCAUCACCCCGCUCAUCGGCCUGGGUGUGAUCAGCAUUGAGCGAGCCUACCCCCUCACACUGGGCUCCAACAUCGGUACCACCACCACUGCCAUCCUGGCUGCGCUGGCCAGCCCCCGGGAGAAGCUGUCCAGUGCCUUCCAGAUCGCCCUCUGCCACUUCUUCUUCAACAUCUCGGGCAUCCUGCUGUGGUACCCAGUGCCCUGCCUGCGGCUGCCCAUACGCAUGGCCAAGGCACUGGGCAGGCGCACCGCCAAGUACCGCUGGUUUGCCGUGCUCUACCUGCUGCUCUGCUUCCUGCUGCUGCCCUCGCUGGGCUUCGGCCUCUCCAUGGCGGGCUGGCAAGCCAUGCUGGGCGUGGGCGCCCCCUUUGCGGCCCUGCUGGCCUUCGUGGCGCUGGUCAAUGCCCUGCAGAGCCACAGCCCCGGCCGCCUGCCCCGCUGGCUGCAGACCUGGGAUUUCCUGCCGCGCUGGAUGCACUCCCUGCAGCCGCUCGACCGUCUCAUCACACGUGCCACACUCUGCUGCGCCCCACCUGAGCCCCGUUCCCCGCAGCUGCCUGCCAGGGUCUUCCUGGAGGAGCUGCCCCCUGCCACGCCCUCCCCUCGCCUGGCGCUGCCCACCCGUCUCCCUGCCACCCGUCUCUAGGUGGAGGGCUGCAGUCUGGGCUGUAAUUGACCUUGGCCUAUGUGCUGGUAAGCCUGGAGGGCUGCCUGCGAAUGGCAGGCUUCUGGGCCUGGUGCUCCUGUCUGGGCAUCCACACAGUUCUCACCCUGCCGGUGGUUUUGAGGACAGGCUGGGCUGAGAUGUGGGUGCCAGCUGAACUCUCCCCCUCUGCACCCUACCCCGGCCUUCUGCAUCACCACUAUAAUCCUGUUUCCAGCAUUGUGUGAUGAAGAAAAAAAGGAAUUAAGCUCUAA